AAGAAGGUAGGAAGGAAAGUGAACACCAGAGAAGGGCUUGUUUUAAAUAGGAAGGACCAAUCCUCUGUUGAACAGAAGGGAAGAAAGAGGGUAGCGGGGCUGCAGUCUUAAGAUUUGUAUAUUUGAUAUGGGGGAGAUGAAGGGAUUGGCUUCUAUUUUCUCUGUAAUGAAAGAGGUGAGUUUGCUUCUCCGGGUGUUAUUAAUAAGGGUGUCUUGUAAACUAAUUGCUUUAUAUAUGGAAGGAUGCCUGUUUCACAGAUAGGUGUGUGUGUGUGUGUGUGUGUGUGUGUGUGUGUGUGUGUGUCUGUGUGUCUGUGCGUCUCGGUUCACAGCGGUGGAAACAGAAACAACAGCCGCUUAGGAAAUAAUUCAUUUUUAUUCUAAUGGUGAUGAUAAAUCCGAUGAUGCUCUGAUGGCAAGGGAAAGUACAAGCUCCAGUCGGGCCCCUACUGUAAGGAUUCUGUGUGAGGAAUGAGAAUCACCGCGCGCCAACACCAGAGGGCACAAGGCACGGCGAUCCACCAGCGCGCUCCUUCUGGUCCAGGACCCUGCGGGUUAAGAUCAACGAGAGCGAGCCUGCACCGUUUCCUAGAGAGGCUCGGGCCAAGCCGGGGAGGCGGGGAAAUUUCCCAUUUCCGUGCCCCGGGUUUGCGAGUGUGGGACCCUCGGGUGGUGGGGUCAGAGGGAGUCGAGGCUCCUUCCUCCCGGAGCGCUGGGCCUGCUGGGGGUGCAGGGCGCCUUUUGGGUAGCGCCCAGAACAGAUUUGUGAUCCCUAACCUGGCUGUGAGCCCUGUGAUGGAGAAAGAACAAAAACUAUUGGUCUCAGAUUCUAAUGGCUUCAUGGAAAGCGAGAAUUUGAAAAGCCCUUUUACAGGAAAUGAAAGGAAGGAUAAUUUGGAAACCAUUCAACACAAUAACUCUAAAGGAGAUCAACUUAAAGAGAGAGCUGCAAAAUGGUCUAAAAGAGAUGACCCACAAAAUUGUAAGCAGGACGAUACAAAAGAAAUUCCAUUGAUGUGGUCCCAAAGAGAUGAGAUUUGGUGUGAUGAUUCCUAUGAGAACAAUGACAACCCACAGAAUCAAGGAAAUUCAACAGGAAAAGUGAAGGAGAAACCCAAUCAGUGGGGAUGGGACCCAGAACACUGCAUUGCUUCUGUCCAGCAGAACUCAUCUUUCAGAGACAAACCUUACAAAUGUUCCGAAUGUUGGAAAAGUUUCAAUAAUAGUUCUCAUUUGCGUACACACCAGAGGACCCACUCAGGAGAAAAACCUUAUAAAUGCUCUGAGUGUGGGAAAUGCUUUAGUAACAGCUCUCACCUGAUUCAGCAUCUGAGAACACACACAGGAGAGAAGCCCUAUCGGUGUGGAGAAUGUGGGAAAAGCUUCAGCAAUACCUCACAUCUUAUUAUUCAUGAAAGAACUCACACAGGAGAGAAACCCUAUAAGUGUCCUGAGUGUGGGAAGAGUUUCAGUAGCAGCUCUCACCUCAUUCAGCAUCAUAGGUCACAUACAGGUGAAAAACCAUAUGAAUGUCCUGUUUGUGGGAAAUGCUUCAGCCAUAGUUAUGUCCUAAUAGAACAUCAGAGGAUUCACACUGGAGAAAAACCUUAUAAGUGCCCCAACUGUGGGAAAAGUUUUAGUCAGAGUUCCAGCCUGAUUCGCCACCAGCGGACACACACAGGUGAGAAGCCCUACAAAUGUCUUGAGUGUGGAAAAAGCUUUGGUUGUAAUUCUACUCUAAUAAAGCAUGAGAGAAUACAUACAGGAGAAAAACCCUAUCAAUGUACAGAAUGUGGGAAGAAAUUCAGUCGAAGUUCAAGCCUUAUUACACACCGGAAAACGCACAUAGGAGAGAAACCCUAUGAAAGUUCUGAAUUUGAAGAAAGUUUGAGUCAAAAUGGCAGUAUAAUAGGAGAAUGCAGAAUCCAGCCAGGCGAGAAGCCAUAUAAAUGUUGUGAAUGUGGAAAGAGCUUUGGCCUCAGCUCCCAUCUCAUUAGACAUCAGAGAACACAUACAGGAGAAAAACCUUACAGAUGUUCUGAGUGUUGGAAAACUUUUAGUCAGAGUUCCACGUUGGUGAUUCACCAAAGGACUCACACAGGAGAGAAACCUUAUAAAUGUCCUGAUUGUGGUGAAUGCUUCAGUCAAAGCUUUAACCUUAUCAGGCACCGGAGGACACACCUAGGAGAAAAACCUUACAAAUGUACUGACUGUGAGAAAUGUUUCAGCAGAAGUGCCUACCUCAGUCAGCAUCGGAAAAUUCACAUAGAAAAGCCUUUUGAGUCUCCUGAAGUUGAAGAUUUUCCUCAUAAAUGGACUUGGAAAAACUGUUUAGGGGGAAUGGCCCUCAUUUCUUCAUUUUCAGUUCCCGAUUUUUCUUCCUCUUGAGUGCCAAAAGCCUGUUUUGUUUCCCCUUUUUUUAUUGGACCAUGACAAUUAAGGUGUUCUCUGAUCAUGGUGCUAUGAAGUUUAGAGGAUGGGAAGGCCCAGAUCACCAGGUCAUUGGAUCUGCCCAGGGAGAGUACUGCCACAGAUGGAGAAGAUUUUAUUUUUUUAUUUUUAAGGAAGAUAGGAAUAGCAUCAAAGGAAAACAUGAGAAAUCCUGGGAGUGAAGACACCUGAGAGCUUGAAGCUUAGAUUGCCAUUGAAUUCCCUUAUUUCCUCAUGCCUGAUUUGGUGGCAAUAAAUCAUUACCCCUCAGGGAUUUACUCAGAGAAAGAUUCUUUUUGAACAAAUAAUGUGAUUUCCUGGCUGUUUUGUUGUGUCUUAAAGAAAUGAGUGUUUUUUUUAAAAAUGCAUUUUUAUUUGCUGAAAAUUAAUAUCUAGAACUGCAUUGUCCAAUGAUAGUUAUUUAAAUUUAAAUUUACAUUAAGAUCAAAAGAAAUUUAAAAUCCAGUUCCUUAUUUGUACUAGUCACAUAUGACUAGUGGCUGCUUUAUUGGAUAUCACAAAAAAGGUUUUUCUUUCAAGGUCAUCGUUCUUGGCAGAUUCAUAAAAAUUUCCUAUAAGACUGUAUGAAAUGUGCUAUGGUGUUUCUGGUUUCCAGGAGGAAUUACAAUAUAGUGUAGAAAUAGGCUAGAGUUUUGAAGGCACUGGGUCUAGAGAUUGGCUAUUCUAAUAAUUGUAGAUUUUAUGUUCAACCCAUCUUGGUUAUCUAGUGAUACCCCGUUGUCUUGGCCAAAGCCAGAUUAGGAGGUAGGAUUCAUAAAUUCUGUUUUUUAAAUUGUUGAUAAAUUGUCCGUUCCCCCAGUUUUUCUAUUACAUGUUUUCUUGUCAGAUCAGAAACUGGGUUAUUUUUCUAAUAAUCCACCCACUGAGUCUGAGCCAGUGUGCACGGACAGUUUGGCAUUGGAAACUGAGAUUCCUUACUUCUAGUUUCUGCAGUGUUCUUUUGUCUCUUUCAUGUGGUGUAUAGAUCUGAUAACUCAGACCUGUUCUCCCUGCUCAUCUGUCCAAUAUGUUUGUAAAGUGUUAAGAUAUUUCCUAUACUCCCAACCUCUAUUUUUUUCUGCCAGUGCAAAAGGUAGAUGUGUAGGAAGGUCAAGACUCCUUAGUUGUCGAGGAUUUUUUUUCAUUUUAUGAUUCUAAGUAUAUCAUAUGCAGAACAUGUAGUUACAAAUUGGGAGUGUGGAGCUGCUGCAAAGGCCAAGAUCUGGCCAGUAACUGAACUGCAUGGGAUUAUUUCUUCUUUCAUGACUGUAGUGUGCCUGAUAUUGGCAAGGUAAUCGUGUCUUUCUGUACUGUUACAAAAUUUUAAAAUAAUGCAAAAGAGCUAACCAAUAAAGGUAUUUAAGUAGUAUUUGGGGUGAUUUUCUGCUUUCAAACACUGGGAGAACAUUAUUGGGCAUCACUGGCUUUUAUGUGACCCUCACCUAAGCAUCUUUUUACCUUUGUAUAUUAUGUUGCAUUACCCAAAUUGUCUUAACCUAUAAUACCUGAGGACAAGUGUUCAGAACUAAGAAUUUGAUAUUUGAAAAUUAAAUUUGGGUGUUUGCUGUUGGGGCUGAUAUUCAAUUUCAAGGCAGUAAUUGCUGUUGGGGUGGGGGGUGCCCAAUUAUGAGCCACAUUAAGUGUGGCAAGUAACUACUCUGUCCCUGUUUUCUCAUCUGUAAAGCAGAGAUAUUGAGGACCUUGCAGGGCUUCUGUAAGGACUAGAUAAAUGUUUGCAAAGCAGCUAGCACAGUGCUUAAAGCGUAACAGGGUCUACAUAAGUUGUAAUUGAUCAUUAUUAAUUGAAACAAAUUGAAAAAUGUCCUCCACAUAUUUUCUAAGCAGCAAUACAGCCACAACUUGUUCUAUCGCAGAUUUUUUAUGACCAACCUCAGUAACACUGAGGAAUAAGUUAUGUAAAAGCACAAGACUAUGUUGUGUUUCACAUUGGCAGACUGUUCAAACACUUUGAUUUGAUUCAGCUUGUUGAAAAUUUUUAUUGUUCAUGAAACAAAAGACUCAGUUUUAAGUCAGGUAAGAGCAAAAUAGCAAGUUCAAUUUAAGUUAAUUUGUAACUGAAAAGCUUAACAACAGGUAGUUUAUGUCCUGUCAUCAUCACCUACACUAUUGCCCACAAUUACAUAAAACCUAUUUCAUAGACGUUGAUGUGUAUAGGAAUAGAGACAUUCAAAUUUUAGGUGUGUUAAGAUGGGCUUCAUUAGUAAAACAAUUUGGCAAGAAUCAUUGUCUCUUGGGAUUGAAAACUAGAAAAACGAAAGACAUUUGUGGUUUAUGGUGGAGAGCAUAACAUAGUCAAAUUUAACCAUAUUUGAUGUCUUUGUCUCUAUUCAUUAAUCAGCAAAUACGUUCCUUGUUUAGCUCCCCAAGAAGUAUUUUUGUAUUCUCUAUUUCUCUUGCCAUCACAAAGGAUUCAGCAACUGAAUAAAUAAAGCAUGCUUACUUACAAGUGAUUUGUUUCAGUUUCUUUUUAACUGAAGGCAAGACUCCUAUGUUCAUUUUUUGCUACUCAAAGAAGGGGCUUAUAUGUGU